AUGCCUUCCCACCUGCUGCCUCCCAAGGAGCCUCACCAGGUGAGACCAUUCGAGGUGCCACCCUCAGACCUUAUGAACCUGCAGAAACCAGACCGAGCUCCCCGCCCUGCAGAGCUGGAGCAAGUCCGAGUGGUAAGAAUCUGUGGGAACCUCCUGAUGACUUCCUCCAGUCCCACUGGCAAGGUCUUCUGGGGAAUGGGCCCGAAGAGGCUGGCCCUCAUCGUCUGCCUUCUGGUCCUCAUUGUGCUGAUGGUUGCCCUCAUCCUGCUCUUUUUGCUCUGGCGGCCCAGCACAGGCAUCGUGUACAGGCAGCCCACGGAGAGCUGCAGUGACCGUGCUGUGCGGUGCGAUGGGGUUCCCGACUGUUCUCAGAGGAGCGAUGAACUGGACUGUGUGCGCUUUGGCUGGAACCACUCCGUGCUCCACGUCUACUCAGGAGCAGAGAGGGCGUGGCUGCCUGUCUGCAGCCACGCCUGGACCGAAGCCUUCUCCCGAAAGACCUGUCAGCAGCUGGGAUUCCUUAAUGCUUCCAACACAGAAUACGUCCCUCUGGCGUUUUCUGGGAAAAGUCUUGUGGCUGGCGAGAUGCGGAAAACUAUCCAGCAGAGUCUCAACAGCUCCCAGUGCCGUUCUGGAAAGCAUGUCUCUCUCCGAUGCACAAACUGUGGGCAACGGAUAUCCGUCCGCAUUGUGGGAGGCACUGAAGUAUCUGCCAGCAAAUGGCCCUGGCAAGUGAGCCUCCAAUAUGGCUCUGCUCACAUCUGCGGUGGCACCAUCAUUGAUGCCCAGUGGGUGCUGUCCGCAGCCCACUGCUUCUUCAUAAACAGCGUGAAAAUCCUGGACGAGUGGAAGGUCUACGCUGGGACCUCUGAUCUCAAGCAGGCGAAGGAGGGGAUCCUGGUCUCUGAGGUCAUCAUUCAUGCUAACUACAGCGAUGAUCACGAUGACUACGACAUCGCCCUGAUGAAGCUCUCCCAGCCCUUGGCCCUCUCAGCUCAGGUUCGCCCAGCUUGCCUUCCCAUGUCAGGCCAAAGGUUUCUUCCUGGGAGGGCCUGCUUCAUCACGGGCUUUGGCAAAACCAGUGAAAAUGAAGAGAAUACGUCGCCCAGGCUGCGAGAAGCAGAAGUGAAGAUCAUCGACUACCAGCUCUGCAACAGUCGCGACGUCUACGAGGGGUUCUUGACCCCCCGGAUGAUGUGUGCCGGGUUUCUGCAAGGGGGCAAAGACUCUUGCCAGGGCGACAGUGGUGGCCCCCUGGUUUGUCAGGACAGUAAUCGAUGGUACUUGGCUGGGGUCACCAGCUGGGGAACCGGCUGUGGCCAGCGAAACAAGCCAGGGGUCUAUUCCCAAGUCGCCAAGUUUCUCGGUUGGAUUUACAGCCAAAUGGAGAAUCAGACCCCUUAG